CCGGGUUAAGUCUUUCAUUACACUGCUUCGCUCAACCAACAGUCCUUCCGGUUUUACCGCCAUCACGGACGCAAGUCAUGGCUAUUCGUUACCCUAUGGCUGUUGGCCUUCACAAAGGUCAUCCAGUCACCAAGAAUGUAACUGCUCCCAAGCACAGCCGCCGACGUGGGCGUUUGACCAAACACAGCAAGUUUGUCAGAGACAUGAUCCGUGAAGUUUGUGGUUUUGCUCCAUAUGAGAGGCGGGCCAUGGAGCUACUGAAAGUGUCCAAGGACAAGCGAGCUCUCAAGUUCAUAAAGAAGAGGAUUGGCACUCACAUUCGGGCAAAAAGGAAGAGAGAGGAGCUGAGCAAUGUGCUGGCUGCCAUGAGAAAGGCUGCUGCCAAGAAGGACUAAACUGUUUCCUAAUAAAAGUUUGUUCAACCACAAA